UAAUGUCAACUUAAAAAGAGGAGUUGGUUACAACUUUAGACUCCUUUUCCCGCACAUUCCAAUUUUCCAUCACCCUCUUCCCUCACAUUUCUGUUCAGCAAAAUCAAAUCAAAUCCAAAUAAUAAUAAUAAUAAUACAUCCAAUUCAGUGGUUGUGUACGUGGUGGUCCUGUUGAAUGGCGUAUAGAAGGAGGCAAGGGAUCACAAAGUCGUCAACUAUCAAGGAGGAGAACGUUUUUCGUCCUCCUCCUGAUGAUGAUGAUGAAGGAAGAGAUACAAUUUCUUCGUCAAGUCUGGCUGCUCAGGCGAUUAGAGCCUCUGCCGCUCAUCGUGACUCUUCUCUCUCCUCUGCUUAUGCCGAUUCCGCUUUUCCACAUCCUAAUUCUCAGGCUGCUCCUCCUUCCUAUGAAUAUACAUCAUUGUCAAGUUCCAAUGAAACAGGUGGUUUUUGGGGAGUUCUGGCAAAGAAGGCUAAAGCAAUUCUUGAAGAUGACAACAUUUCACCGCAAUUUGAAGCUCCGGGCAGCAGCUCCCUAAAAGAAACCCAGUUUUAUCAGCAAUAUCAGAACCCUAAUGUGUCCAGAAAAAUGGAUAAUCCAAAACUGCGGAAAGGCCUGGAUGCACUCACAUCUUCUUUGAACCACAUUGGUGACACCAUUGGAAAUGCAUUGGAGGAGGGGCGUACAAUUGUUGAGAACAAGACCGCUAACAUUAUUCAAGAGACGCACAAACUGCAGAUCAGGAGAAAAGGUGCCAACUCUGAGGAACAAAAUCCUGUCUCUGGUCUACAUAGCCAAUGGCAGCAAUCCUCAAGACAAACCAAUCAUGAGGAUCAACUAAAGGCAUCUCGUGAAGUGGCGAUGGCAACUGCUGCCAAAGCCAAGCUUCUUCUAUGAGAACUAAAAACUGUUAAAGCAGAUCUUGCUUUUGCAAAACUAAGGUGUUCUCAGCUUGAAGAAGAAAAUAAGAUCCUUCGGGAGUCUUGUGAAAAGGGAGACAAUCCUGAAGAUGAUGACAUGGUAAUUCCUCCACCUACUUGUACAAAUGUAAUAUGCGUUUUCAUGUAAUAAGCAUUCCUUUGACAUUAUAUCUUCUUCUUCCUUCGUAAGUCAUCUGGAAGCAGCAAGAAGCAGAUCUUACAAUCUUGAAAAGUUGUCUUAGAUUUAGUGUUUUUUCCCCUUCAGUUGCCACUUUGAAGAGUGAGACAGUGCAUAAGAAUCUAAACAUUAUCUUCAACAAACUUAAGAAGAGCAUUACCUCUGCGA